AUGCCGUCCAACAAUUCUGAAGCAUUGAACGCAUCUGGUCUGACAGCCGAGGAAACUAAGUCUCUCAAAGAGAGAACGGCACAGUCUCACGAAGAAAAAAUAAUUCAAAGUAUCAAGGAGUUGUACACUUGCAAACCGUCCGAGAGGACGUACGAGAUCUACACCUCCGAUGCCGUUUUUCACGACCCCAUCGGGAUUGCAGAAGGCAUCCAGUCCAUACGAGCUCAAUUCAAUGGGCUCGUCAAGUUAUUUCCGCGGGCUGAUAUACCUAGCUUCCGCAUUCUGGAAAACCCCCCCUCCUUGUCAAAGAGCACUGUUCUGAUCGACCAGGAUGUCGCCUACUACCGUGACCCGAAUGCAAAAUCUCCCACCAAGGUCGUCAAUUCUCUGCUCACACUACAGACGAAUGACGAGCACAAAGUCACGCGCCAUACGGAGGAAUGGGAUCACAAGCGAGAAACCACGAGGGAUGAUGGCUUCCUCGGAAUGCUUAAUGAGCAGAGAAAGAAAAUCACAGCGAGCGUGACCGGUAUGUUCAUUAGCCAGGAGCCGCCUGCCAACUAG